AUGGGUCGGCUCGACCGGAGUGAUACCACGGCCUCACAGAAGACCGGCGUGAAACAACCACAGCGUUGUGUUUUGCCGUAACAGUUUCUAAUGGAAACUAUUGUGUGUUCGUUUCCGUUCACGGAAUCACAGGAUCCCGGACCUUUGGAGGUGGAGUUGCCGAGUAGGGAAGGUCUUACUACGCCACGGAGCGCUCGGGCUCCAAUCGGCAGGCGACCUCCGAGCACGCUUCCUCAUCGGCUGAAGAAGGAGAAAUCUUUGGACAGUCCUCCGGAGAUGGAUUCUCCGGGUGGUAGCGUAUGCAGUGACUUGCGACGGCAGAACGAGGAGUUGCGCGCUCGUCUUGCCGGCGAGUCUGCUGAUCAUAAGCGUAGACUCGAAGCUUAUCGUCGAGCGCAGCAAGGUCAAGCUGCUUUGGUGUCUAGGCUUCAGUCCAAGGUGCUGCAAUACAAGCAGCGAUGUUCGGAGCUGGAGAAUCAGAUGUUGGAGACGACUCCACGCAGCGAGCCGUCGUCCACCUUCCGCGCUCCAGCAGUGAAGAGUCACUCCGUAGCACUGCCGCCGCCGCCCUCCGCCACCACAUGCGCCUCGGCCGCCGUAGCUGCUGCAGACGCCAGGAUCACCGACCUGGAGACCGCGUUGCGGCGUUUGGAUGAAGAAAAGCGCAAGUAA